GAUGACAGCCCCUCUUUGGAAGCAGUAAGGUCUAGAGUGGCAUGCCUUCUUGGAUCUUUGGGAGGACAGAUAAACCACAACUUAAUUACAGCUACCUCUGCAGAAGAGAUGAUGAAGAAAUGUGUAUCCUGGGACACUGAGAAACGUCUGAGCUUUGCUGUACCGUUUGCAGAUAUGAAGCCUGUCAUCUACUUGGAUUUAUUCUUGCCUCGUGUGACUGAACUGGCUCUUUCUGCAAGUGACAGACAAACAAAAGUUGCAGCAUGUGAGCUACUGCAUAGCAUAGUAACGUAUAUGUUGGGGAAAGCAUCUCAGAUGCCAGAAGGAUGUCGGGGUCCCCCACCCAUGUAUCAGUUAAAUAAGCGAGUAUUUCCAGUACUGCUUCGUCUUGCUUGUGAUGUAGACCAGGUAACAAGACAGUUGUAUGAGCCUUUAGUCAUGCAACUCAUUCACUGGUUUACGAACAACAAAAAAUUUGAGAGUCAAGAUACGGUGGUGUUCCUGGAAGCUAUCUUGAGUGGCAUAGUGGAUCCAGUUGACAGCACUUUGAGAGAUUUCUGUGGUCAAUGUGUACGAGAAUUUUUGAAAUGGUCUAUUAAGCAGACAACACCAAGACAGCAGGAGAAAAGCCCAGCAAACACCAAGUCUCUUUUUAAACGGUUGUAUAGUCUUGCUCUUCAUCCCAGCGCUUUCAAGAGACUGGGUGCAGCGCUUGCUUUUAACAGUAUCUACAGAGAAUUUCGGGAAGAAGAUUCUCUGGUGGAGCAGUUUGUAUUUGAAGCAUUGGUUGUAUUUCUGGAAAGUCUAGCCUUAACCCAUGCAGAUGAGAAAUCAUUAGGUACCGCUCAACAAUGUUGCGAUGCUAUUAAUCACCUGAAGCGCAUAAUCAAGCAUAAAGCACCCUCUCUAAACAAGGAAGGAAAACGGAGAGUACCACAAGGAUUUCCAGCUACUAAGUUGGUGUGUCUUCUGGAUGUUGUCCUGUGGCUCUUAGCGCAGUGUGGACGACCUCAGACAGAGUGCCGGCAUAAAGCCAUGGAGCUCUUCUAUGAAUUUGUUCCUUUAUUACCAGGAAACAAGUCUCCAUCUUCUUGGCUGGCUGAUGUCUUAAAAAACCGAGAUGCUUCUUUCCUCAUUAACAAAUUUGAAGGAGGUGGCAGCGAUGCCAAAAUUCUGUCUGGGAUCCUUUCUCAGCCAACUCUCUAUGGUAUGCAGGAGCCCUCCAGUUUACAGACUGUCAUGCGGUGGAUGGAUAUGUUCUUAGCAGCACUAGACUGCUACAAUACAUUCUUCGAGCUGCGAAUGAUCAAACCUCAUGAAAUACUGGGUGUAAAUGAAAGAUCCUCUUUCUUGGAAGCUGUGCAGUUCUUCCUUGAAACUAUUGCUUUGCGUGAUAUCCAUGCAGUGGAGGAGUGCUUUGAUUGCAGUUCGAAAGGCAACAUGUUCAGUCCACAAGAGAGGGAUGUAUAUAAUUACAGCAAGUGUACAAUUAUAGUCCGAAUCAUGGAGUUUGUCACCAUGAUCCUGGAAACAUGCCAGCAGGAUUUCUGGAAGCUGCUUGAGAAGGAAUUGCUUAAUGCAAGCCUUAUAGAGCUUCUGGUGAUGACAGUGUGUGAUCCAUCCCACGUAGGCUUUAACACUGCUGAUGUGCAGGUCAUGAAGAAUCUUCCAGAUAUCUCAGUAAGGCUCAUGAAAGCUUUGAUGAAAUCUCCCUAUAAGGAAUCUUUGAAACUGUGCAUAAAAAAAAGAAUCACACUACAGAGCCUUGAGGACCUUUGUUCUGUUGAUCUGUUUAAUUCCGAUGCACGUUUUGAUCAAGUUAGGUUUAGUGCUGUCCUUUCUGCCUGCAAGCAACUCCAGAAAUCUGGCCUGCUUCAGUCUGUUCUUCACAAUAAGGAUGAAGGACCUCAUUUCUCAGUUGGCUCUAAGCUUCUUUCAGCUGUUUAUAAAGGUAUUGCCCCUGGGGGUGAAAGGAUAUCUCUUCCAUCAUUAGACAUCAGCAGUAAGCGAUUAGCUGAUAGACUCCUGCAGCUAGCCUUUGCUAUUGAUGACCAGUGUGAGGAGCUAGUAAGUCUGCUGUUGAACACAGUGGUGUUAUCUGUGCCAUUAUCAGGAGCAUCCCAGAAGAACCUGAUCAAUUUCUCUCAUGGACAGUAUUUCUACAGCCUGUUCUCAGAAACCAUCAAUCAACAUCUGCUGAAAAACCUGGAUGUGAUCAUAGUCCAGCUUAUGGAAUCAACUGUCAGCAAUCCCCAAAUGGUUGGCAGCAUUUUGAAUGGCAUGUUAGAUCGGAGUUUUAGGGAGCGUGCUGUACGCAAGCAGCAAGGAGUGAAACUGGUCACAGCUGUACUAAGAAACUGGAAAAAACUUGACAGCUGGUGGGCCAAAGGCUCAGCUCCUGAGAGCAAAAUGGCAGUCCUGACCCUGCUGGCAAAAGUUCUCCAGAUAGACUCUUCAGUUUCUUUCAAUACCAAUCAUGAAGCAUUUACAGAUGUUUUUAAUACCUAUACCAGUCUACUUACUGAUCAGAAUUUAGGCUUAAAUCUGAAGGGCCAAGCAGUGAUAAUACUUCCGUUCUUCACUAAUUUGACUGGAGAAAAACUUAAUGACCUUAAGAAUGCUCUUGAUCAACUUGUUGCUUUCAAUUUUCCCAUGAGGUCAGAUGAGUUUCCCAAAGGAACCUUGAGGCACAAUAACUAUGUAGACUGCACCAAGAAGUUUUUAGAUGCACUGGAAUUGUCUCAGAGCCCAAUGCUGUUGCAGUUGAUGACAGAAGUCCUCUGUAGGGACCACAGACAUUUCAUGGAGGACUUAUUUCAAGCCAGUUUCAAAAAAAUUUCCAGAAGGAGCACCACGGACAAACAAGUGAUACUGUUGGACACUGUUCACAAAAUGUUCCAGAGUGAAGACCUUUCAAAUACUACCCGUCAAGCAUUUAUGGAUCGCUCCCUCCUCACUCUUCUGUGGCACUGCAGCUUGGAUGCACUGAGAGAAUUCUUUGUCAAGAUUAUAGUACAGGCUAUGGAUGCACUUAAUUCCAGGUUUACAAAGUCCAAUGAAUAUACUUUUGAUACACAAGUCACCAAGAAAAUGGGGUAUUACAAGCUGCUAGAAGUGAUGUAUGUGCGUCUUUCAAAAGAGGAUGUUUACUCCAAGGACUCUAAAAUUAACCAAGCUUACCGUGGCUCUAUGAGUGUAGAAGGAAAUGAACUUACCAAGACGCUAAUAAAGUCGUGCUAUGAUGCAUUUACAGAAAACAUGGCAGGAGAGAGUCAGCUGUUGGAGAAGAGGAGACAGUAUCACUGUGCAGCAUAUAAUUGUGCUAUUGCUGUUAUCAGUUGUGUCUUCACUGAAAGUAAAUUUUAUCAAGGCUUUCUUUUUACAGAAAAAUCAGAAAAGAACUUGCUGAUUUUUGAAAAUUUGAUAGACCUGAAGCGUCAGUAUACAUUUCCUGUGGAAAUUGAGGUGCCUCUGGAAAGGAAGAAGCGGUACAUUGCUAUAAGAAAGGAGGCCAGGGAUGCAGGGAAUAGCGAUCAGGAUGAACCCAAGUAUUUAGCUUCUGCAUCAUAUAUGAUGGAUAGCAGUCUGAGUGAAGAAAUGAGUCAGUUUGAUUUUUCUACUGGAGUCCAAGCUUUUUCUUAUGGCUCCCAAGAUGUUACAUCUAGCAGCGCUCGUUUCAGGAGAAAGGAGCCCACAGAAUACAUGCCUUUAAAUGAUGAGAUGGAACUGGAAAUGGAUGAACUCAACCAACAUGAAUGUAUGGCUUCUAUGACCACUCUGAUUAAACAUAUGCAGAGGAACCAGAUCACACCCAAAGUGGAGGAGGGGACGGUUCCGGUAGAUCUUCCUCUUUGGAUGAAAUUUCUGCAUGGCAAAUUAGGAAACCCAUCAGUACCGCUAAAUAUUCGCCUCUUCAUAGCAAAACUAAUUGUUAAUACUGAGGAUGUUUUCCGACCUUAUGCAAAGCAGUGGCUUGGUCCAUUGCUGCAGCUUGUUGUUUCUGGGAACAAUGGAGGUGAAGGGAUUCAUUACAUGGUAGUGGAAAUAGUAGUUACUAUCCUUUCCUGGACAAGUGUAACCACUCCCAAAGGGAAUAUUAAGGAUGAGAUUUUAGCUAACAGAUUGCUUGAAUUCUUGAUGAAGAAUGCCUUUCACCAAAAACGAGCUGUGUUCAAACACAAUCUGGAAAUCAUAAAGACAGUUAUAGAGUGUUGGAAGAACUGUCUUGCCAUACCUUACAGUUUAAUAUUUGAAAAGUUUUCUAGUGGAGAUCCUGAUACAAAGGACAACUCAGUGGGAAUUCAACUGCUGGGAAUUGUUCUUGCUAACAAUUUACCUCCCUUUGACCCGAAGUGUGAAAUAGAUCGUGUCAGAUAUUUUCAGGCUUUGAUCAGCAACAUGGGCUUAUUAAAGUAUAAAGAAGUUUAUGCGGCUGCAGCAGAAGUGUUGGGACUUGCUCUUGGAUACGUUGCUGAGAGAGAAAAUGUAUUUGAAGAUCCAGUUUAUGAUUGUGUCAUAAGACAAUUAAAACAUCAUCAGAACACCCAACAGGAUAAGUUUAUUCAAUGCCUGAAUAAGAUUGUUAAGAAUUUUCCACCUCUUGCUGACAGGUUUAUGAACGCAGUAUUCUUUCUGAUACCCAAACUUCAUGGUGUGAUGAAAACCUACUGUCUGGAAGUAAUAAUGUGCCGGGCAGAAGAAAUACCUGAUCUUCACUUGCAGUUGAAGGGUAAAGACUUUAUCCAGAUCAUGAAUCACAGGGAUGAUGAAAGGCAAAGGGUUUGUUUGGAUAUAGUCUACAAGAUGCUAUCUAAACUAAAACCUCUAGAACUUAAAGAACUUCUUCCUGGAGUGACAGGGUUCAUUUCUCACCCUUCUGGGAUAUGUCGACAGCGCAUGUAUGAUAUUCUGAUGUGGAUUUAUGAUAAUUACAGUGAUCCAGAAAGCCAAGCAGAUGGUGAUUCUCAGGAAAUACUCAAACUGGCAAAAGAAAUGUUGCUUCAAGGACUAAUUGAUGAGAAUGCUGAACUGCAGUUAAUCGUUAGGAAUUUUUGGAGUGAUGAGACAAGGUUACCCACAAAUAUUCUUGAUCGCAUGCUGUCAUUGUUAAAUUCUUUAUAUUCUGCCAAGAUUGAAACACAGUACUUGAGUCUAAUCACGAAUUUUCUGCUUGAAAUGACCAGCAAGAGCCCGGAUUAUUCCAGAAAAAUAUUUGAGCAUCCACUGUCUGAAUGCAAAUUUCAGGACUUUGUAAUUGAUUCCAGCUGGCGUUAUCGAAGUACUGUGCUCACACCGAUGUUUUUGGAGACUCAAGCUUCUCAGAAUAUUCACAGAAAUUUAUCACAAGAAAAAUCUCUUUCUGCUUCUGGGUCAGUUGGUCGUCGAGUGAGGGCUACCCAACGGCAAUAUGAAUUUACACCUACACAGCAUGUCAAUGGUAGAAGUUCUUUUAAUUGGCUAACUGGAAGUACCAUUGACACAUUGUCAGAGUAUGCACUUCCUUCAUCCUCUGAAUCUUUGUUUUCAUCCAUGCUGUUGGUUAACAAACGGAGUGAAAAACUUAAACAAGCCACCUUUAAACCAGUGGGUCCAGAUUUUGGGAAAAAAAGAUUGAGUUUGCCUGGAGAUGAGGUGGACAGCAAAACUAAAGGUAUAGAAGAACGAGCAGAAAUUCUAAGACUGCGGAGACGUUUCUUGAAGGACCAAGAGAAACUCAGUCUGAUUUAUGCUAGAAAAGGUGUGGCUGAACAGAAAAGAGAAAAGGAGAUGAAAUCUGAACUGAAGAUGAAGCAUGAUGCUCAGGUUACUUUGUACAGAAGUUACCGAGUAGGAGACCUUCCUGACAUCCAGAUUGAAUACUGCAGUCUCAUUGCCCCUCUGCAAGGCCUUGCCCAGAAAGAUCCAACAUUUGCCAAGCAGCUUUUCAGCAGUUUGUUUGGUGGAAUUUUUCAUGAGGUAGAAAAAUCUAAAACUCCUUCUGAGAAAAAAGCCAUCAUCCAGAAGCUGCUGAAUAACUUCAAUAAUUUCCUGAGUAUGAGCCUGUCUUACUUCCCGCCAUUCAUUGCGUGCAUCCAGGAAAUGAGUUACCAGCACAGAGAGCUACUAGAAUUGGAUUCAGCUCACGUGAGCACGAGCUGCCUUGCAAGUUUACAGCAGCCAGUGGGCAUCCUUCUUCUGGAGCAUGCCCUGAUGGCUCUGUCCCCUGCGGAGGAGCCCCCAUCCAAGCGCCUGCGUGGGAGGACAGAGCUUCCCCCAGAUGUGAUCAGAUGGAUUGAACUUGCUAAGCUCUACCGAUCUAUUGGUGAUUAUGAUGUCCUUCGUGGCAUUUUCAGUGGAAAGAUUGGGACUAAGGAAAUUACACAGAAAGCGUUGUUGGCAGAAGCAAGGAGUGAUUAUGCUGAAGCAGCUAGAUAUUAUGAUGAGGCACUCUCUAAAGAAGACUGGCAAGAUGGAGAGCCAACAGAAGCAGAGAAAGACUUCUGGGAACUUGCAUCUCUGGAGUGCUAUGACCACCUCACAGAGUGGAAGUCUCUGGAGUAUUGUGCUACUGUUAAUAUCGAUAGUGGAAAGCCUCCAGACCUAAGCAAAACGUGGAAUGAUCCGUUUUUUCAGGAGACAUAUCUGCCCUAUAUAAUACGCAGUAAGUUGAAGUUACUGCUUAGUGGGGAAAAUGACCAAACUUUGCUAACUUUUAUUGAUGAGGCAAUGAAGACAGAACAGAAGAAAGCCAUUAUAGAAAUGCAUUACAGCCAAGAGCUUAGUCUCCUUUAUAUCCUGCAAGAUGAUUUUGACAGAGCCAAAUAUUACAUUAGCAAUGGCAUGCAGAUCUUCAUGCAGAGCUAUUCCAGCAUUGAUACUUUGCUGUAUCAAAGUCGGAUGACCAAACUACAGUCUGUACAAGCUUUGACAGAAAUACAGGAUUUCAUCAAUUUUAUGACGAAGAGAAGUAACUUAGCUUCACAGGCUUCCCUUAAGAGACUUCUCAGAAUUUGGACAAGCAGAUAUCCAGAUGCUAAAAUGGAUCCUAUGAACAUCUGGGAUGAUGUCAUUACAAAUCGGUGUUUCUUUCUUGACAAACUGCAGGAGAAACUUCUCUGUGAUCAGGCCAAUGAGAGUAUGGAGGUGGAUGAAGAAUAUGAUGCUGGUGACCAAAUGGAAGUGGAUCAACAGGGUGAAGACAUUUACUCCAUGAUUAAAAGCUGCAAAUUUAACAUGAAAAUGAAGAUGAUAGAAAGUUCCAGGAAACAGAACAGCUUCUCAGUUGCCAAGAAGCUUUUGAAAGACCUACGCAAAGAAGCCAGAACACGGGAAGACUGGCUGGUGAGGUGGAAUUAUGCCUAUUGCCGCUUUACACAUAGUUGCAGCCGGAACCAGAGCUGUCCUGAACGUCUGCUCUCAGUGUUAAAAACCAUCUCCCUGCUUGAAGAUACUCAAUCUGAGUAUCUUAACAAGAACGUAACGGCCUUCCGAAAUCAGAAUCUUCUUCUGGGCACUACAUACCACAUCAUGGCCAAUGCUCUUGGUCAGGAUCCAAGAUGCCUUGAGCAAAUUGAGGAAGAAAAAGCUAGAAAAAUAUCAGUACUAUCAGGAGAAAGUCUUGAAAGUCCUGAAAAGGUAUUGGCAGGUCUGAACAAGAAGGCUUUCCAGUGUUUCAGCAGUGCCACGAGGAAGUCUGAAGAGGAAGUGCAGUCCCAGUCCAUGGAAUAUGUAGAUGUGAUGGGGGUUACCGAUGCCUAUAUGACUUUAGUCAGUUUCUGUGACCAGCAUCUACGCAGGGAAGAAGAAGGCUUGCUUGAAAUUAACACUGCAGAUCUGCAGCAUUUCCCAGCUAUUGUGGUGGAGAAAAUGAUAAAAGCCUUAAAACUAAACUCCAGAGAAGCCAGGCUGAGAUUUCCUAGACUGCUGCAAAUAAUUGAAAGAUAUCCAGCAGAGACGUUGGGUCUAGUGACACGAGAGCUUUCUUCGGUACCCUGUUGGCAGUUCAUUGGUUGGAUUAGCCAGAUGAUGGCACUACUUGACAAGGAUGAAGCAGUAGCCGUGCAACAUACUGUUGAAGAGAUCGCAAAUACCUAUCCCCAGGCAAUCAUCUACCCUUUCAUGAUCAGCAGUGAAAGCUACUGUUUCAAAAAUACUGCAGCUGGUUGUAAGAACAAGGAAUUUGUAGAAAGGAUCAAAAAUAAGUUGGACAGAGGAGGAAUAGUUCAAGAUUUUGUUCACUCGCUGGAACAGCUCUCUAAUCCCAUAAUGCUUUUUAAGGAUUGGGUUGAGGAUGUCAAAAACGAGUUGUUAAAACCUCAGAGGAAUAAAAAUAUGCUUAAGGAAAUGUAUGAAGGAAUGUACAAGAACUUGGGAAAUUUAGAGGCUCCUGGCCUUGGAUUGAUGAGGAAGAGGUUUAUUCAGGCUUUUGGGAAGGAGUUUGACCACCAUUUUGGAAGAGGCGGUUCAGAACUGUUGGAUAUGAAGGCUCGUGACUUUGAUGCAAUUACAGCUUCUCUCCUCUCAAAAAUGAACAAAACCCAUAAAGAACCUGGAAACCUGAAAGAAUGUUCACCGUGGAUGAGUGAAUUCAAAGCUGAGUUCUUGAGGAACGAACUAGAGGUUCCUGGUCAGUAUGAUGGAAAAGGGAAACCACUGCCAGAGUACCACACAAAAAUCUCUGGAUUUGAUGAGCGGAUAAGUGUAAUGGAGUCCUUGAGGAAGCCAAAACGUAUAACAAUCCGAGGCAGUGAUGAGCAGGAGUAUCCUUUUCUUGUCAAAGGUGGUGAAGACCUGCGACAAGACCAACGUAUUGAGCAGCUGUUUGAUGUCAUGAACAUUAUCCUUUCCCAAGAUGCUAUGUGUAGCCAAAGGAAUAUGCAGUUAAAAACUUACCAGGUCAUCCCCAUGACAACACGACUGGGACUCAUCAAGUGGCUGGAAAAUACUUGUACCUUAAAAGAAUUCCUUAAGAAUAGCAUGUCUGAAGAGGAGGACAUGAACUAUAACAGCAAAAAAGGACCUCGUGCUACCUAUUCUGAGUGGCUGUCCAAGAUGGGUGGGAAAGCACAAGGCAUCUCUCGAUACCAUGUUAUGUACAGAAAUGCUAGCCGUACAGAAACAGUUAUGUCUUUCAAAAGCAGGGAGAGCAGUGUUCCGGAAGACCUGCUGCGGCGAGCCUUCGUGAAAAUGAGUACAUCUCCUGAAGCCUUCCUGUCUCUGCGGUCCCAUUUUGCCAGCUCUCAUGCACUGAUGUGCAUCAGUCACUGGAUACUCGGUAUUGGAGACAGACAUCUGUCCAACUUCAUGAUUAACAAGGAGACAGGUGGCAUGGUGGGAAUAGACUUUGGAUAUGCAUUUGGCUCAGCUACGCAGUUUUUGCCUGUGCCAGAGUUGAUGCCUUUUCGUCUGACUCGCCAGUUUGUUAAUCUGAUGAUGCCAGUGAAAGAGUGGGGUCUCAUUUACAGCGUGAUGGUGCAUGCCCUGAGAGCUUAUCGUGCGGAUCCAGAUCUCCUCAUCAGCACAAUGGAUGUAUUUAUAAAAGAGCCUUCUUUGGACUGGAAGAACUUUGAACAAAGACAGCUGAAAAAAGGAGGCACGUGGAUUAAGGAAAUAAACACAUCUGAAGUAAACUGGUACCCUCUGCAAAAAGUCAGCUAUGUCAAAAGAAAGCUUACAGGUGCCAACCCAGCAACAAUCACUUGUGAUGAACUACGCCUGGGCAAUGAGAAGUCGCCUUUUUAUAAUGAUUUUGCAGCUGUGGCUCGUGGCAACGCUGAUCAUAAUAUCAGAGCCAAGGAGCCAGAGGACGGACUUUCAGAAGAGACCCAAGUGAGAUGCCUGAUUGAUCAAGCAACAGACCCCAAUGUUCUUGGCAGAGUUUGGGAAGGAUGGGAACCCUGGAUGUGAGAGAGUGCUCUCUAAAGCACAGUCUGCCAGGAGGAGCGUCCCCUAACUCACAGCUGCAACCAGACCAGAAUUUUAAGGCUAAAAAGGAGAAAAACUCUUAAUUACUUUUAUCAUCAUCUGUUAACUUGACUAAUAAAGAAAAUAAUUUUUUUGUAUUAAAGCUGUAUUCAAACAGUGAUUUUUU